CCGGCCUCUUAUAACGGCUUCGUGUCCAUCGAGAUUUUCACAACACCCAAAACUCCUCAUCGUCAUCAUCAUAAAUCAAAAAACGAACACAAAACCUCUCUCUCUCUCUCUCUCAAAAUUUAAAUCUCAUUUCUCUAAGAUCGAAAUCUUGAUUUGAAUUUUUUCCGGCCAUCGGAUCGGCGAUUGGUCGGAAUCUGAGCGGGAAGCGACGUAGUUUUGGGAGAUUUAGGGCUUCGAGUUUUCCGUGGCAUUUGGGGGAGGGGAGAAACGAUGAACGAUAAGUCACAGUUGAUGAAUCAACCCCCACCGCCGCCGAUGAUGAGUCUGAGCCAAGCUCAAGCCAUGAGCCAGCCGCCGCCGAUGAUGGCUCAGCCGCCGCCGCCGCAGAUGAUGGCUCCGUCUUCUCAAGCCAUGGCUGCUGCUGCUCAGCAGCAACAGAUGAUGAUGAACAGUCAAUCUCAGCCGUUGAUGAUGAACCGGAGCUACAAGGCUUGGCCGCCGCAGCAGCAGCAGCAGCAACAGUUCGUCGCCGCCCCGAAGCCGGCGCAGUCGAAUCUGGGAAGGAACAAUUGGAAGGGUAAGAAGGGAAAUGACAAGCGGAGAAUGGACAAGAACGUUCCCAAUUUACCCCUCAGUGGUGGCCAGAGCAGUAGCGGAGGAGGGUAUAAUGUUCCCAAUUUGCCCCUGAGUGGUGGCCAGAGCAGCGGAGGAGGCGGAGGAGGGUAUAUACCUCCGACGCUUAACGAGUUACAGUCACAGAAUCGAAUGAAAGCUCGGAAAUUUUACCCCAAAAAGAAGUUUAACAAUAGGUUUGCGCCUUACGCCCCAAGGAACACGACGUCGUUUAUCAUUAGAGCUAAGAAGUCCGGUGGGAUUGCUUCGCUGGUUUCGCCUUGUCCGGUGACCCCUGCCGUGCUCCCCACGCCCAUUUUCUCGCCCUCGAGGGAGGUUUUGGGGGACACGGCGAAGGAGGAGUGGGGUGUGGAUGGGUAUGGGUCGAUGAAAGGGUUGAUUCGGCUUCGGUCUCCAGGGAAUGAUGAUGAUGAGGAGGGAGGGGGUGGGUCGAGUGAGAGUGAUGUGGAGGAGCAUGUGGAGGUGGAGAGGAGGUUGGACCAUGAUCUGAGCCGGUUCGAGAUGAUAUACCCGAAUUACAGUGGGGUUGAGUAUAAUAAUGUGCUGGAGAAUAGAGUGGAUGAUCAGGAUACACACAUUGCUCAGUUGGAGGAAGAGAAUUUGACUUUGAAGGAGAGGCUGUUCUUGAUGGAGAGGGAGUUGGGGGACUUGAGGAGGAGGAUGUUGUUUCUUGAGAGGAGGCACCAUGUGAUGGAGGAGGUUAAUGAGGAGGUUGUGGAGAAUGGGUCGGAGAACGAUAGUGAUGGAGGGUCGGAUGUGCCCCAUAUGGGCAUAGGGGGAGAGAGCAACAUUGAGGUGGUAGAUUAUGUGUCCAGAAACGGUGGGUUUAGGGAUGUUUCGAUGGAAGAAUAUGUGCAUGGUGAAAUGAAUUUAAAGGAAAAUGAGGUCAAAGAUGAAGUGAGAAAUGAGGUUGUAGGUAAUGAAGAGAUUGAACGUAAGAACGAGGGAAGAAGGAAUGACCCUGUAGGUGAUGGGGUCGUUUCAGAGAAGGUUGAGGAAGUGAGGAAUGAGUUUAUAAUGAACAAAGUAAUUGCAAAUAAAACUGAGCUGGUGAGUAGUGAAGUUGAGACAAAGAAUGAGAAUGAGUUUAUGCAGGGUCAGGUGAACAUAGAGAAGGCUGAAGACAUGGUAAUUGCCUGCAAUGAGAAGAAUGAAACUAAAGUUAUGAGAAAUGAAGUUGAGACCAAGCUUGAAAAUGAGUUGAUGCGCGGUCAGAUGAAUGCACAGAAGGAUGAAGAAAUGGGAACUUCAUGCACAGAGAAUAAUAAGACCGAGGGUCAGGUGAAGAAUGAAGUUGAGACGAAGAAUGAGAGUGAGUUGAUGCAGGGUCAGAUGAAUGCACAGAGGGAUGAAGAAAUGGGAAUUGGCAGCACAGAGAGGAGCAUUGGCGUCGGUGACUAAUAUGUCCCGCGUUAAUAAUUAUAUUUUUGUUUGCAGUUCUCUAAAGAUUACUUUUCUCCCUUUAAGGUCUGGGGGAGACUGGUGGUGAUUAUGCAAUUGUAAACAUUCAACUCUGUAAUUUUAUCAAUAUAGGAGAAACAUUGUCUCUGAAAAGUUAUCUACUUUUGCUCCCUCUGUGGUUGGGUUGUAUCUUAUCUUUCAUGGAAGUGGCUUACACCAUUGCCAAUCUUUUGAACUGCCUUUGAGGGUAUCUCCAAUUCGCAGUUUGAGCUAGCCCAUACUGAAGGUAUAAGACUGUUUUCUCCGUCGUCAAGAAGUCCAAAGAUUGAGAAGAGACCAGUACUUGUUUUGGACUUCAUCACUGAGCAGACAUGUUUAUUGUAUGAGGAAGCUGCUUCAUCCGCUCCAUCUGUGAUCUUCCAAUCUCUGGUUUGCUGCAUGGACUCCUUCACUACAGACUCAACCAUGUGGCUGUGGGUUCCAAGUUGUAAUAAGAUGGCUGUUACAAUCAAGGCUACUCAGCUUGUGGUGUGCUGAAUUUUCCAGGACAAACGUGACACGGGUAGCUUUGUGAAAGGUGCAUGAUAAUGUGCAUCAUUCCUUGGCUUACUUCCCUGAAACUAUUGUUGGUGAAAACCUGAAACUGUAAGCGGAAUUCAGGACGUAUAUGUUUUAUUGCUUGCAAAUCAGCUUUGAAUUGCUUUUGAGCUUGUGGUUUUGGUUUAAGAUCCCUGUGUGAGUGGCUCUUCUAGCAUCGACUUUUAUAUGUGAAUGAAUCUUCAAGUAAUAAUUUUUCAAUUUUAGUAGCCGUCAUUGUUUUCAUUAUUUCUUAGAAAAGUGGAAAACUUUGAAUCUUCAA